UCAAUCAGAAUUUUCCUCUUCAGACCCUUUCUUAAUUUGAGUAUAUCUCAGUGAAAUUCCAAAGUCAGGAUUUCAAUCAUGUCUCAUCGAUCUAUGUGACCGUGGAAAGAACAGAGAGGACAAAACAAGAAACUUCAUCCAAUAUAGGGUUCGUAUCACUACCAUCCAGUUAUAGGGCUGGCAUCACUACCAAACUGAAGCAGCAUAAAGUUUCUCGCAAGUUGAAACCACAGAGUUUUAAAGAGGGUAUUCAUUUUUUUUUUUUUGUUUCAGAUGCUACUUCGAGCUAAGACUUUGCAGUUGCAGGGGGAGGAAAUCAAGCGAGAAAAGUGGUUAAAGGCUGACGUGGUUUUCUGAAUAUUACUUCCUUUCAACCAAAGGGAGAGGUUUGGUUUAUUGGUAUUUUUCAAGUGUUGCCACUUACUAGAAUCAUUAUGGAGUCUGCAAAUCUUCAUCCUCGCCAUAAGGUUCAAGAGCAGUGUGUUAAAUAUUUCUCUCGGAUAACUCAAGCAGGCCAUCAAGUUUCAACCACAUAUGAAUGGAACCCAAACCUCUUUCCGAAUAUUGGUAGUAAAUACAAUAGGAAUCAGGCUGAAACCAUCCCAAAAUCAAGGGAUCUAUGGCCACCGCCUUUGAUCAGGACUUCCAUGAGUCAAGGUAGCGUCAACCAACAAUCUGCAAGUGAAUUUCUCCUUGCAAAUAUCAAAGAUGAGAUGUCAGAUUCCUUCCCCAAACUGAGUGAGAUGAUGUACUUUCACUCUAGUGCAGCGGACACAUAUGUACCAUCUAAAAAACACUAUCCAGAAUCUAGUGAUCAUGAUCUAGGAGGAAAUCCAGGGCACAGCAAUUUCUCCAUUGCUAACAACAUGACGGAGUUGCAGCUUUCCUCAGGAGACUGGUACACUAAUGCUCAUCACCCCCCAUUUUUGGGAACUGCAACAGCAACUAGCAGAUAUGCAUAUGAUUUCAAUCAUAUCUUUCCAAGUACAAAUAUUUCCACCUCUGAUUUGUGUUCCACAUUGUUUUCAAGCUCUUUGGACUUGAACUUGAAAUCCUUGGAUCUUUUGACCUCAACGUAUGAUGGUGGGAGUUGUAAUCAAUCUUUAAUUGAUAGUCCUGGGAAAUUAAGCAGAAGUGUGUUUAUGGGUCAUGAUCACAGAAGAGAACGUUGUGAUAGUGCGUCCAUCAGUUCCAAAGUAUCAGCCUUUGUUAGUGGAUCAAUCACAAGCAAAAAGAGGCCUGGUAGCUUUUCUGAAACAAAGGAAUCCCAUACAGAUGCUAAGAAGCAUCGGUCCUCAAUGUCACGAUCCCCAUGUCAAACAUUGAAGGUUAGAAAAGACAAAUUAGGAGACUGGGUUGCAGCUCUUCAGAAGUUGGUGGCACCUUUUGGCAAGACACAUACAGCCUCUGUGUUGACAGAAGCCGUUGGGUACAUCCAAUUCCUCCAUGACCAAGUUCAGACACUGAGCGUGCCAUUUAUGAAGUCAUCACAAAGCAAGCUUUAUAGAACAAUGCAAGUGGGUUCAAAAGAGGAAGAAGGAAAACAAGAGCAGAAGUGUGAUCUCAGAAGUAGGGGACUAUGCCUUGUGCCCCAGUCUUGCGCAUCAUAUUUUAUUAGUAGUUGCAGUAGUGGAAUUUAG